AAUCCGCAAAAAAAGAGUGAGAAUUUAUUUUAUAUGCAAAGAAAUAUAACCUACGAGUUCCAAUUAAGGCAAUCGUCUUGUCGAGUGUUACUAAUACACUACCAGCAGUUACGUUUAAAGUCCCAUAUUCUGCAGAACUUAAGAAAUUGGACUUAGCUGACCCAAAUUUUAAUAAAUCUUCCCAAAUCGAUCUUAUUCUUGGUAAUGAUUAUGAACAUUGUCUGAAGGCAUAAAGAAAAAUAUAUGUGGCCAAACAUCAGCCUAUAAAACUAUAUUUGGAUGGGUGCUUAGCGGACCAAUAAGAGCUGAAACUGUUCAAUCAUUCUCAACUGCGGUUACUUCAUCAAAAUUUUCAGAACUCAGUACACUAUUGAGAAAAUUUUGGGAGCAAGAAGAAAUACCCAAAACUCGCCUUACGUCAGAAGAAGAUGAUUUUGUUGAACAAUUUUACACUCAAACAACUACUCGAAACAAAGAUGGACGAUAUAUUGUAAGGUUACCUUUUAAAAAAGAGUAUCACAAAUCAGUAUAUUUAGGAUCAUCUAGAUUUAUCGCAUUAGCUCAAUAUGCCAUUAUGGAAAAAACUUUAGGAAAAAAUAAUGAAUUGCAAGCUGAAUAUAAAUCUGUUUUAGGCGAGUAUUUAACUCUAGACCACAUGGAAGAAACAACAUCAACUGAAAUUAAUUAUGAAGGUAAAUUUAGCUCUUAUUAUUUGCCCCAUCAUGCGGUCGUGCGACCUGACCAUAAAACAACAAAGGUGAGAAUUGUGUUCAAUGCCUCUAGGAAAACAAAAUCCAACUUUUCUCUAAACGAUGUUCUGUAUACAGGUCCUACAAUUCAAAACGACUUAAUAACAGUAAUUCUGAAUUGGAGAAGAUAUAAAUACGUGUUCAGUGGGGACAUACAGAAAAUGUAUCGUCAAAUCCUAAUUCAUCCAAAUGAUAGAGCAUUCCAAAGAAUAUUAUAUCAACCUGAAAAAAAUGGCCCUAUUAAAGAUUAUGAAUUGAAAACUGUUACGUUUGGAGUGAAUAGCGCGCCUUUUCUAGCAAUUCGUACGUUACAUCAACUAGCGUCAGAUUCAAAAGCGGAAUCUCCCAAAGCAUCAUCCAUUUUAAAGUAUGAGACUUAUGUAGAUGACAUAUUAACUGGAGGGUUUUCAAUUGAAGAAACUCGAGAGGCACAAAAUGAAUUAAUUAAAACUCUGAAGUCUGCUGGAUUUUUACUCAAGAAAAUAACAGCAAAUGAUACACAGUUAUAGGAAGAUUUACCAAAAGACGAUAUAUAUGAUUCCGAUUUUUUUCGGUUUCAUGAAACUUGCUCCACAAAAACUUUAGGCAUAAAGUGGAACGCAAUAUCAGACACAUUUACAUAUACUUUUUCAGCACUAAGUCCAUCUACGAAAAUAACAAAACGCCAAGUUCUGUCAUCAGCAGUUAUGGUUAGAAGGUAAAGACUGGGAUGAAGAAGUUUCUGAGGAAUCUCUACAAAAUUGGAACAAUUUAGUACAAGACUUAUCUGAAGUUGAACUAAUAUCAAUUCCCCGUUGGAUUCAACUUAUGCCUAAUGAUACAAUACAAAUUCACGGUUUCUGUGAUGCAUCGAAAUACAAUCUCUAAACGUUCAGCUUGAAACGGAUGACAUCCUAGACAAUUUUUCAUCAUAUGGCAGAGCUUUACGGCAGGUCCAAUCGACGACUAACCGCCACUCGGGUCCCUAAUGAAAAUCAUAGCCCUAAUGAAGAGAGAAGCGUGGUACCAAGAGACUCAGAGGUGUUCUACUGUGUGAUAUGCACAGAAUAUCACGGGCUCAAGUUCUGUCGAAGAUUUAGAAGGAUGACGCCACAAAA